UAGUCGGCACCGCCGCGUUUUAUGAUCUUUCCAUUACGGGUCCGUCCAUAUGGAACUGAGACAUUUCCAGCAGCAGCAAGUGGCCGCCGCCGCCGCCAAGGACCUGACCACACAGCAGGCGGCCGCCGACAUGGAGCCCAUCACGGCCGCCUCCAGUUUCCUGUACGGCACGUCGUCUCACCAGGGCCACCAUCACUUCUUUGGAGGCCGCAAGAUCAGCAAGUCGUUCACAAUCGACGCCAUCCUCGGACUGCACCAGCAGCAGGCCUCCAGUCAGCAGUGCUGGAAGAACAAGUCCAUCGACACGGCCGCCACCAAGGCGGAAAUCGUCGCCUCCAUCGCCGCCGCCUGCAGAAACAAUUUGGCCUCGCAAGGUGCAAGUCAAGGAAAGGGGACAAAGCGGAAAAACGAGGAUGAGUACAAUUCGUCCAAACUACCUGGUGGCGGUACAAGAAGCAAAAGGGUGCGGACGAUUUUCACCCCAGAGCAGCUAGAGAGAUUAGAAGCAGAGUUUGAGCGACAGCAAUAUAUGGUCGGCCCUGAAAGACUUUAUCUCGCCUCCACCCUUCAUCUCACCGAAGCACAGGUAAAAGUUUGGUUUCAAAACCGUCGGAUCAAGUGGCGGAAGCAGCACCUGGAGAUCCAGCAGCAGCGGCUGGCGGCCAUAAAGCAACAACGAGUGCAAACCAACGCAAAGGUCGAGGAGGAGGAAAGUUUCAGUUUGGAGAGUUCGGCGUCUGAAGAGGGCCAGCCGGAGGGCGCGAGCAAUUUCUUCGACUACAUGAUGCAGCACCCCAUGAACUAGAGGCGAAAAAGGCCUAUGGAACUCUCUAGGAGAAUUAAUCAUGCACAAGUGAGUGUUAAUAUCGUUCGUGAAAUUCGAAAUACGCGCGGCGCCGCGAAGGAACGAAAGAAAUCGAGAAAGUGAACAAAGGAAAAAGACCACCUCCUCGUCCUUUAAGUGCUGAUCUGUUAAGUUAGUAUUUUCCGCUCAGCAGGGAAAUUAAUACAAAACUCUAGGACGGAAAAUUCAUUUAAAUCUAAAAACACUACGGCUCGCCUGAUAAUACACAUUGCCAUGGGGAAAUUCGUUGGGUGAUUUUCCGAGAGCAACCGCAAAACGACCCACAAGCUUUGGGUUUCGAGAUGCGGAAUUCUAAAGGGUCUAAUUACACACAAAAGGCUUAGGAGUUCAUUUGAGCUCAACUAAAUUGUGCAAAUAGGGUAAAUUUGAAUUCUUAUCAAAUGUGAAAAUUUUCGGGAUGUCCAUAAUUAAAGAAGAAAUAAAAGCACCAUGAUAUAAUUUACCUCAAAUUAGAAUUUUUCUCCUGGAGUUUUGAUAUUCGUCUGAUUGAUAUAGGGUGAUGGAUCGCGCGUUCUUUUCAUAUUUAAUGCCUUUGGUAGGAUAUCAAUGUGAAUUUGUGCUGUUGUGUACAUCAUUUGUGUAAUUUUCUUUAUAUUGGCCACC